UGCAGCGGCCCCCGCGCCCCGCCCGCGCCUCGGCCCGGCCCGGCCCGGCCCGGCCGUUACCCCGGGCCGUUGGACAGGCGGACACGGCACCGAGCGAGGCCCGCCGCGGAGCGGCAGGCGGCGGCCGGCGGGUCCCUCGGGAAGGGAGAAGCUGACCCGGAUCCCGCCCUCGGUCACUCCUCUGCAGGUCGCUCGCCCGCGCCCCACACCUGUCCCCCAUGGCCGCGUGGUCCCGGGAGGCGGUGCUGACUCUGUACCGCGCUCUGCUGCGCCGCGGCCGCGGCCUGCGCUACACCGACCGGGAUUUCUACCUCGCCUCCAUCCGCCGUGAGUUCCGCCGGAACCAGGGGCUGCAGCGGCUGGAGGACAAGGAAAGGCAGCUGGAGAAGGGACAGGCUUUCCUGCAGAGCAAGCUCGGGGGCCUGGUUUAG